AUGUCACCUUGUGCUGUGAAAGAUUUUCAGGAUCGAUAUGACGAGCUGCAGUGCUACCUGUACUCGGAAGCAGAGCCUAUGAACGAGCUUUUGAAAUGCUGCUAUGAUCCUUCUCAUCUCCUGAACCAGGAAAACUGUCACGAUGAUGAAGAUGAUGACCAAUCGGAUUGCUGCUUUGAUUAUUGCUGCUUUGAUAAUUGCGUGGAUGUUCCUGAUCACGAAAAGCCAAUCCACGAAUCAUUAUCGAAUGCUACAUCGCCGGACAGACAGGUUAAGCUCGAGACUUUUCACUCCGAUUCUGGGUAUUUUAGCCGGGAUGUGCGAUUCAAUUUUUCAAACAAUAACUUGCCUGGCAAUAACGAAGAUAAGCUGGGGACUAUUGAUUUACUUGCGAACAUGUUCCCCUGUACUGCUAGCCCGCCCAAAAUAAGCCCACAAGUUAAAAUAAAUGAUUUGAGGCAAGAGAAUAAACACUUUUCACAGUCACAUCAUCAUCACAUGCACUUUGAGGACCAGUACAAUGGGAAUGUGGUUCGACAUGAUAUUAUUAUCCCAUCGAACAUUCAUACUCAUUUGCAUAGCCACAGCCACCACAACUGCCCUGACCUAGAACAGGACCAACAUGGUCCUUUGACUCACCAGCAUCAUCACCACCAUCAUCGGCAGCCAAGUCAAGCACAUUCUGGUAUCAAGGAAGAAGAAAAUCAUGAGCCUUUGCGCAAAAGAGUGAAGCUGAACGACGAUGAGCCCUCAAAUUUUAUAUCAUGCAAAUGGAAUGGCUGCAACAAUGAACUGGAGAGCUCGUCUUUUAAUCAGCAUAUACUGGACUCUCAUAUCAACAUCAAAUCAGACACUUUCGACUGCGAAUGGAAUGAGUGCCUUUUUUCAACAGACAACCUUGAUGAUCUUCUGCUGCAUGCUGGAUUACAUUUAGACCAGUCGCCAGUGCCCAUUGAAACUUCGACAGACAGCUCGGCUAGCUUGAGACAUGCGUCUAACAAGCCCGGUAGACAUGCGGAACAUACAUGCCUCUGGGUUUCGGAGGAUGGCUUGACCUGCAAUCAACAAUUUAUGACGACGACAGACCUAACGAACCAUGUUAUAGAAGUUCACGUUCAAUCUAAGAAAUCUGAAUACACAUGUCGUUGGAAAGACUGCACUAGAGAACUGAAACCAUUUACGCAACGUCAAAAAAUCAUCAGACACUUGAAUACCCAUACGAAACAUAAACCAUUUGUAUGCCAUUACUGUAUGAAGAGCUUUUCUUUGGAGUUGAUGCUCGAGCAGCAUUUGAGGACCCAUACCGGAGAAACCCCGUUUAAAUGCAAUGUUUGCGGUAAAGAGUUCAAGACGUCGUCAUCUUUCACUAUACAUCAGAGAAUACAUACGGGUGAAAAACCCUUGGAGUGUCAGAUCUGCCGUAAAAAGUUUAGGGAGUCAUCAAAUCUCAACAAACACAUGAAGACACAUACAAGGAAAUUCAAGUGUGAAUGCUGUAUGAGAAGUUUUGACGACGAAGCAAAGUUCAAAAAGCAUCAGAGAUUAUGUCAAGAAAUCGGACGUCCAAAUCUAGAAUGCAGCUGCCGUGUGGACCAAGAGGUUGUUGUAAAAGUAGGGCAAUGA